UGUGUGUGUGUGUGUGUGUGUGUAUGUGUGUCUUAUCAGCGAGAUGACGCUGAUCUCUGCUCUUUAGAUAAAGCUCAUAUGACCAGAAGGUUCAGUCUGCUCUGCGGCUCCUAGUAAAAGAAGAAUCUCUAAAUUAUAGAAGCUUAAGUCCAUUUACCAUUUAAAUCCUGAGCGCACUAAAGAGCAGCCAGAAGAGGAUGGCUGGAAGAGAGGACAACCAAAGACACGAAGAGACAGGCGCACAAGAAAAGCCAAACAGUUCAGGGCUUCAAUCUAGCAGCCAACGUAAUGGCGUAAGACAAAAAUCACAGCAAGACCUUUAUCUUGGAUGUCUAACAAAGCAACAGCUGAUAAUGAUAUCUGUGGCUGUUGGACUUGUCGUCCUGCUGGUUAUUGGUUCUGUCACGGCUGUGGUUUUGAUCAGGAAGUCAGACUCCUCAGCUCCUCUCUCCUCAUUUUCAACUGGUGGAGACAUGCUGGACUUCCUGGUUCAGUCGGGUGUUAUCAGCAAACAAGAUGGCCUCUUGGCGUCCUGGUUUCACAGAGCUAACCGCAAAGAAGAAAUGAACAAAGCGCUCACAAGCGAUUCCAUGAUUCUGGAGGCCGAUGUCACUCUGGAGGGUUAUGGAACACCCAAUGAGAAGCCAAUCCCAAUCAUGGCCCACCCUCCCGACAUAUACAGUGACAACACUCUGGACCAAUGGUUAAAUGCUGUUCUAGCUUCUAGAAAAGGCAUUAAAUUGGAUUUUAAGUCUCUGGCAUCUGUGGGUCAUUCAUUGGACCUGCUGAGAAUGAAGAACAGCAGCAGUGAAAUAAACAGACCUGUAUGGCUUAAUGCUGACAUCCUCCGGGGUCCUAAUGUACCAGCAUUCAUGCCUCAAGUCAAUGGAACCAG